CAGAAGCCUGUUUGCGAGCCCCGAUUAUAUAGAACCUAAACCCACAACGAACAGGACGUCCUCUCUCAUUUUUAGGGUUUUCAUUCUCGCAGCAGCAGGAGCAGAGCCGCCGUUCCGAAGCAGCAUCAAUGGCGAGGAUUAAGGUCCACGAGCUGAGACAGAAGCCCAAGGCGGAGCUCUUGAACCAGCUCAAGGAUCUCAAGGCGGAGCUCGCUCUCCUCCGUGUCGCUAAAGUCACUGGUGGCGCACCUAACAAGCUCUCUAAAAUCAAGGUGGUGAGAUUGUCGAUUGCCCAGGUGUUGACUGUGAUUUCCCAGACCCAAAAGGCUGCACUGAGAGAGGUUUACAAGAAUAAGAGGUUCAUGCCCCUUGAUUUGCGUCCUAAGAAGACCAGAGCCAUUCGCAGAAGGCUAACAAAGCAUCAGGCUUCCUUGAAGACAGAAAGGCAGAAGAAGAAGGAGAUGUAUUUUCCCAUGAGGAAGUAUGCUAUUAAGGUGUAAUGCAAUUUUAUUACCUAGGAUAUUUUGGUAUCUUGCAGUUAUGAAACGUUUGGAUAUGAAAUUUUGAUGUUAUUUACUCCUACUGGUCUUGUUCGUGAACAAUAUUGUCAUUGUUUUCAUGCCAAAUUUGGAUGGUUUAUAUUGGCAAAGUUGGAUGACUAGGUUUGUGAUAGAAUUGUGGACCAGACAGCUAUUUAUUUUCACAUCUUUGAGUAGACCUGGCCUGGUGCUAUUAUUCUGUCCAUACGAGCUAUGUUUUCCAUAU